AUGCGGCCCCUAAUUCACCUCCACUUUCCGCGCCCCAUCUCUUACCGUACCGCCCAAACCCUUCAGGAAACCCUCGUCUCCCGCUUCCUCGCCUCAAAGCCGCCAUCCUCCCUCCCUGCUCCACCACCGCACAUCAUCACCGCGGAGUUCAACCCGGUCUACACGUGCGGCCGCCGAGAGAUUGGCACCGUGUCCGCAGAGCAGCAGGAAUAUCUGCAGCACCAUGGGCAAGCUGAAUUCGUCGAGGCGCUGCGAGGAGGACAAACGACCUUCCACGGGCCGGGCCAGCUAGUCGCGUAUCCCGUCAUUGAUCUGCGCACACAUAAACUCACGCCUAGAGACUAUGUGUGUCUCUUAGAGAAGAGCCUGAUUGCGACGUGUGCGAGUUAUAAUAUCAAGGCUAUGACGACGGAGCAUACAGGCGUGUGGACGACGCCAGACGAUAAGAUCGCUGCUCUAGGUGUACAUAUGCGCAGAAAUAUUACUAGUCAUGGGGUAGGACUGAAUGUAAACACAGAUUUAUGGUGGUUUGGGCGCAUUGUGGCGUGUGGGCUUCAGGGGAAGAGGACUACGAGCUUUGAACGGGAGGGUGUUGAGGACAUUGAGGUUAAGAAUGUAGGGAAGACAUUUGUGGGUGAGGUUGGAGAGAGAUUGGGGCUCGAUGCGAUCGAGGAGAAGGACGCGGAGGAAUAUAUGCGGAAGCUAGAAGAAACAAAAUAA